UCAGCGAGCGUAUCAUUCCACUCCAUUCCUAGUCGCGGGCCACCAGGAGGUGCAUGGCCAAAUCGCUAUACUUUCUACAAUGAAUCAAGCACAGGACUCGCCGUCCAAAGACGCUAAAGUGUUUCAUCCAAAGGAGGAGACGGACACCGAGGCACAUGGGGACGUGCCGACGACGGAGAAGGCGCACGAUCACCACAGACGCUUCCUCCCGUUCAGCGUCGAGUCUUUGAUUUCCAAGAAGAGCACCUGUCGGACUUCUAUGCCCGCUUGCGACUCGGCUGCGCUUACGCACAAUCCCGUCGCGGGGAAGAGCGCGCACUUCUCUCCAAAGACUUUUUACGCAGAGUCCGUUUGCAGCAGCAGCUCUAGCUCCACGGAGGACAGUAGUCCAAACUUUGGCGAUAAAGAGCAGAGCACUUGGUUCCAGACGAACUCCUUCUCAACUAACUCUCGUAGCUCAAGUCCAACUCAGUGUACUUUACGGAAACACAAAAACAACAGGAAACCUCGCACGCCCUUCACUACCUCUCAGCUGCUGGCCCUGGAGCGUAAGUUCCGUCAGAAGCAGUACCUCUCCAUCGCCGAGAGAGCCGAGUUCUCCAGCUCCCUCAACCUGACGGAGACCCAGGUGAAGAUCUGGUUCCAGAACCGCAGAGCCAAGGCCAAGAGACUGCAGGAAGCCGAGCUGGAAAAGUUUAAACUGGCCUCCAAGCCAGUCCUGUCCGCCUUCGCCUUGCCUUUCCCCCUCAAUGCGCACAUGCAGGGCUCUCCGGCAUGGGCACCCUCAAACCCCUUCCCCAGGCCCAGUCUGCCGGUCCCAGGACUAUUUGGUGGACCUGUCACUUACGGGAUGUACUAUUUGUCUUAGUAUUACUGUGUGCAUUCAUAAGAAACAUGUUUUCUGGACGUGGUUGCAAAACACUUAAAUGCACAAUAAGUCGUUUCCAAAUUGGAAAAGACUUUUGUUAUUUUUAUACUUUGAAGUAUGAUGAAUGUUCUUACCUCGAAAAAAGAAAAUAAUAUCUUAUAGCAUUCUGCAGGAUUAAAAAAAAGUCGUACUUGUUUUACUUUGGAUUCACAAUCUUGAAAUACAAAUAUUAAAGUCAGGUUAUUUAUCAGCUGCAACAAAAAGCAAGUAUCGUGUCUUAAAGUUUUUCUUCUCACCAGCAACUGUUUUCUUGCCAGCAAAUUUCUAUCAUAUAAAUCAGACUCGUGACUUUCACAUUGUGGCCUUUUAUUGGGACGAUAAAUAAAGUUUUAAGGGGUUUUGUAAGUAAGUAAAAAAGGGUAGCGUAAAGUCCUGCAAUCUCACAGCAGGAAAUGUGUAUUUAUUGAAUAUCAUUUCUAUUUGUACUG